UGGUACCCUGUUACCCUGUGUGUCCCUCUGUAGUUGUACCCUGUUACCCUGUGUGUCCCUCUAUAGUGGUACCAUGUUACCCUGUGUGUCCAUCUAUAGUGGUACCCUGUUACCCUGUGUGUCCUUCUAUUUAUAGUGGUACUAUGUUACCCUGUGUGUCCCUCUGUAGUGGUACCCUGUUCCCCUUGGUAGUAUUUUCAGAUUUACCCUGUCUCUCCCUCUCUGGAACUGGAAGUGUGUCCCUCUGUGUACUCCGUAGAGAUGCCCAUGUUGGAGGGGGAGGAGGGGCUGAGGCUGUGGCACCUGGUGAAGUCCAGCGAGGAACCAGAGAUUCCCAAACACAGCAGCGUGAGAGAGAGGGAGAGGGCCAAGGCCAUUCCAGAGAUCUACCUUACACGUCUACUAUCGAUGAAGGGGACGCUGCAGAAGUUUGUAGACGAUGUGUUCGUAGCCAUCCUCAACACCAAGCGCCCUCCUCCUAUUGCUGUGCGUUUCUUCUUUGACUUCCUGGAUGACAUGGCAGAAAAACACGGCAUCGACGACCCCGAUACCGUGCACAUCUGGAAGACCAAUAGCCUGCCUCUGAGGUUCUGGGUGAACAUUUUGAAGAAUCCUCAGUUCGUAUUUGAUGUCCAGGUGACGGACAGCGUGGACGCCGUCCUCUCUGUCAUCGCUCAGACGUUCAUCGACUCCUGCACCACCACCGAACACAAAGUCGGACGGGACUCUCCAGUGAACAAGCUGUUGUACGCCAGAGAGAUCCCCAGAUACAAGCAGCUGGUCGAGAGGUACUACAGUGACAUCCACAGUGCAGCGUCUGGCUGUUACCAAGAGAUGAACUCUACUCUAACAGAGUUGUCUGGGAGUUUUGCCUCAGAGAUGAACAGUCUGGUGGCUCUGCACGAGCUGUACAAGUACAUCAACAAGUACUAUGACCAGAUCAUCGCGUCUCUGGAAGAGGAUGCAGCGGGACAGAAGAUGCAGCUGGCCUAUCGUCUACAGCAGGUUGCCGCCCUGGUGGAGAACAAGGUCACUGACCACUAACUAGGGAUGGAAUGUAAAGGGCUCUGUCAGUCAAAACCCACACAGCACUAUGAAGUGCCCCUGAGCUCUGACGUCAUCUAUAGCAUGUUACUGUACAGCCCCUGAGCUCUGACGUCAUCUAUAGCAUGUUACUGUA